CUUGUUCUAAACACCAUUAAUUAAAACAUCCAACUUCUUUUACAUGCAAAAUGGGACAGCCAAUGACUAAUAAAGUCAUCGUCACCUUCAUCUUCUUCAUUUCAGUGCUUGUCCUCCAUACUGAAUCAAUUCAGCCUCCAUUUUCAUGUGACUCCAACUCAGUUACCAGUGCCUUUCCCUUCUGCAAUGCUUCAUUAGCAAUCUCACAAAGGGCAAAAGACCUCGUUUCGCGUCUCACUGUGGACGAGAAAAUCCUACAACUGGUUCAUACGGCGCCUGCAAUACCUCGACUGGGUAUCUCCGCCUAUCAGUGGUGGUCUGAGGGUUUACAUGGCGUUUCUAAGUCUGGAAGAGGCAUGUCUUUCAAUGGCACCAUUAAAGGUGCAACGCAGUUCCCUCAAGUCAUUCUUACUGCUUCGGCCUUUGAUGAAAAUCUCUGGUAUCGUAUUGCUCAGGCAAUUGGAAGAGAGGCAAGGGCAGUGUACAAUGCAGGUCAGCUACAGGGACUGACAUUAUGGUCACCAAAUAUAAACAUAUUCAGGGAUCCAAGGUGGGGGAGAGGCCAAGAGACACCAGGGGAAGACCCUAUGGUGGUGGGAAAAUAUGGAGUGGCUUAUGUACGAGGACUUCAAGGAGAUAGUUUUGAAGGUGGGAAGCUUAAAGAUGGGCAUCUUCAAAUCUCUGCUUGUUGUAAGCACUUCAUUGCUCAAGAUAUGGAUAAUUGGAAUGGCUUCCAUCGUUACACCUUCGAUGCUCAAGUCUUGAAGCAAGAUUUGGCAGAUUCAUAUGAACCACCCUUCAAGAGUUGCGUGGAACAAGGGAAAGCCAGCAGUAUAAUGUGUGCUUACAGUCUUAUCAAUGGGAUCCCAAAUUGUGCCAACUAUGAUCUUUUGACAACUACUGUCCGUGAAAAAUGGGGUCUCCAAGGGUACAUCGUAUCAGAUUGCGAUGCAGUUAAUGUUAUGUAUGCUAAUCAAAGUUAUGCUAAAGAACCAGAAGAUGCAGUAGCUGCUACCCUCAAAGCUGGCAUGGAUUUGAAUUGUGGCUCCCACUUGAAGGUAUACACAAAAUUAGCUCUAGAGAAGCAGAAAGUACAAGAAUCUGACAUAGACCGGGCUCUUCACAAUCUCUUCUCGAUUAGAAUGAGGCUGGGGUUGUUCAACGGCGACCCAGGAAAAUUGGAAUAUGGAGAUAUUUCUGCAGCAGAGGUUUGUAGUCAAAAACACCGCGAACUAGCCCUUGAAGCAGCAAGAAAUAGCAUUGUCCUUCUAAAAAAUUCCGAUAGGCUUCUUCCACUUUCAAAGAACAAGACAACAUCCCUUGCUGUAAUAGGUCCCAACGCAAAUGAUUCUAAAAUACUUCUAGGAAACUAUCACGGCGAUCCUUGCAACAAUGUUACAUUACUGCAAGGACUUCAGGGAUAUGUUGCAAAUACAAUGUACCAUCCAGGCUGCAAUUUCACAAACUGUACGUUUGCUGCAAUAGAUGAAGCAGUUGAUAUAGCGAAAAAAGCAGACUAUGUUGUUCUAGUAAUGGGAUUAGAUCAGACUCUUGAGAGGGAGUCGCUCGACCGGACAGAAUUGGGGCUGCCUGGUAUGCAAGAGAAACUCGUUACAGCAAUCGCCCAAGCUGCCUCAAAACCUGUUAUACUUGUUUUGAUGUGUGGAGGUCCAGUGGAUGUAUCUUUUGCAAAGGAUAACCAAAAAAUAGGAGGCAUUUUGUGGGUUGGUUAUCCUGGUGAGGUUGGAGCUGCUGCGUUAGCAGAGAUACUUUUCGGCAAACACAAUCCAGGGGGGAAAUUACCGGUCACUUGGUAUCCCAAGGAAUUCAACAAAGUACAAAUGAAUGACAUGAGGAUGCGACCUGUAUCAUCCAAUGGAUAUCCAGGGCGCACAUACAGAUUCUACAAGGGGCCAAAUGUUUUCGAAUUUGGCUAUGGUCUCAGCUACACUAAUUACUCUUACUCGUUUGCCUCUGUCAACCAAAACAAGCUACAUUUCAAGAACCUGAAGGUCAACAAGGCAACUGAAAACUGUUCUGUUCCGAACAUUGCUGUUUCAGACAUUGGAUCAGAAGUAUGUAACAACGUGAUGAUCACGGUUAAAGUUGCGGUGAAAAAUCAGGGAGAAAUGGCUGGUAAGCACCCUGUAUUGUUGUUCCUGAGGCACUCUAACACGGUGGAUGAGGUUCCAAGAAAGACACUGAUAGGAUUCAAGAGCGUGAAUUUGGAAGCAGGGUGUAAUACCAAUGUUACAUUUGAUGUGAAACCUUGUGAGCACUUUGCUAGGGCUAAUAAAGAUGGUUCAUUAGUCAUUGAUGAAGGGAAAUAUUCCCUUCUUGUGGGAGAUGAGGAGUAUUCUGUUACUGUGUUUGUAUGAUCUCCCAUGUUGAUUGUCAAAUGAGUGGAUUGAGAUGAAAUUUGAUGAAUUAAUAUGUGUUGAGUUAAAAAAUGAAUGUUGUCAAUUAAUGCAUUUAAAAAAUACAUCUAAUUUUUACAGGUUAAAGUUUUAGUUAUCUUAUCUGUUUUUUCCAAAAAAAAAAAAAAAAUUUAAUAUCUUGUAAAACUAUUUUCUUAUUGUUGCGUAUGACAUAUUAAUUUUUU